AGACGCGCAUUAGCUGGCAAGGCGCGUGGAUGACGUCGUCGUACACGCGGGGCCUUGUCACCGUGGCCAUCAUGCCCGUCUUUGCCUACCUCAAGCUACCACCGAACGCGUCGCUUGUCUUGACGAAUGGAAGCGUGCACGUCGACCUGACGACGUUCUUUGCUCCCGACAUGGCCUUCAAUGUCGUGGCAGGCCCGCGCACGUACUACAAUACGCUCGCCCUUGUCUUGGACGCGCCGUGCGUGGAUGGUAGCAGCGGUACCAACUAUGGUGUGCAGCUCGAGGCCUUUGUCCCGACCGCGCAAGAAGACACGAUUCUUGAAGCCAACGCGACGUCCGAGAAACAAGACUUGUGUGGGCGGGACCAGAGUCAACACAUUGCGUGCGCGUACAUUCCGACGGCCCCGCGCGAGUCCAUGUACGCGUUUGGGCGGCCCGUUGCGCGUAUUGUCGUCAACCCUGGAUCGCAGUCGGCCGAGGGCUGCACGGGCUGGCUCUGGGGCUCGGCCGGGCAUUUGAUCACCAACCACCACUGCAUUGGCUCCGAGGCCGACGCCUUGAGCGCCCAGUUUCAGUUUGUCGCCGAGAGCUACCUCUGUCAAGGCAAGCGCGAUGGCAUGUGUGCCGGUGUCACGGAAGCCAUCACGGCCACUUUGAUUUAUACGAAUGCGACGCUCGACUAUUCGCUCGUGAAGCUCCAGGGUGACCUUCCCGCCAAGUAUGGGUACCUCCAAGCCGCACCGCGUCCGGCCACCGUCGGCAUGCCCGUGUACAUGCCGCAGCACCCGCGCGGCGGAUGCAAACUUCUCUCGUAUCUCAACGACGACAACCAAUUCACGAGCAUCUCAAGCUUGGCGGCGUCCGGCUGCGACAGCAAAGGCGGCUACGCUUACAACCUGGACACGGACGGCGGGUCGUCGGGGUCGCCGGUGCUGAACAAGGACUCCAACACUGUUGUGGCGUUGCACUAUUGCGGUGCGACGGCUUGUCGAAAUGCGGGCAUUCCGAUGCUGUGGAUCGCGCAGGACCUCGGACGGCACAAUCUCUUGCCACCCAACGCGAUUGCGAGCGGGGCGCCCCCUCUCGUGCCGCCGUUUAGCGACCCCACCGUGAGCCCGUACGGCACCAACCUUCCGGGGGUUGGGUCGCCCUUUACAAAGCAGGCAGUCGUUGACGGCGUCAUCGUACAAAGUGGGUCGUUCUCGGACGGAUGGGUGACGAAUGUCGAUCACAUCACCUUUCAACUGGCAGCCCCCGGCGUCGUCAUCGUCGAUGUCCUCUCGUUCGAACGGGACGGCUAUAAACAGGCGUUUGCCGACGUCAACGACGAUUGCCGCAUUGCUUAUGUGGACACGAUGAUCCACGUCUUCUCCAACGAUUCCGCCGUGCAGUACACACCGUAUACGAACGACGACGUCGACUCAGUGGACCCGAGCGCCGGCAAGGCCGACGGCAGCAUCUCGACGUACGAUUCAUACCUUGUGGCGGUGUUACCCGCCGGUGCGCACACGGUCGCAGUUGGCGCUACGAACCUCGCGCUUGCCGACGCGAGGCGCGGGCGCAAUGGCUAUCCAUACACCCAACUUCUGGGCUGCGCGGGGGUCGCCACCGAGUCUGGCGACAGCGGCGCCUACCGCGUGACGCUCUCAGCGACCGUGCCCCUCACGAUCAAGCAUUCCACCGCCGUGCCAAAGGUGGCCGAGUGCGCCAUGGAAGGCGAGGCAGCGCUCAUUCGUCAAUGCGAAGCGAUUCUCGACGCCUCGUACGACAUGCGCUGACGAAAACACCAACAUAUAUACAGUACCAUUGACCCUACAAUCCGUGUCUGCCUCUAAGUGGAAACGCGAC